ACGAAUGACAACAAAAGAGACUGAUAGAAGUCGCGCGCGAGACAGUGGAUUUUUUCACGACUUCACUGAAGAAUUGCAGUUUUUUCGGUUCUGUUGCUUGCCGCGAAUAACGUUUACUUGGUCGUGGUGAAAGUGUCAAGGAAUAUGAAGAGAAGAAAUGUCGAGUGCGGUAAGCUUCGGAGGCCCUUGAAACGCAACAAGCUCACCGAGGGAAUCUACGGAAGUACUUUGCUUUAUCUAAAAUUUCUUCUGCUAUGGGCCAUGGUAAUUUUGGCAGACUUCAUUUUAGAAUUCCGUUUUGAAUUUUUGUGGCCAUUUUGGCUACUUCUAAGAAGCGUUUACGAUUCUUUUAAAUAUCAAGGCUUGGCCUUCUCUGUGUUUUUUAUUUGUAUCGCACUUACAUCAGAUAUGAUUUGCUUCUUUUUCAUACCAGUACAUUGGUUGUUUUUUGCUGCCAGCACUUAUGUUUGGGUACAAUAUGUUUGGCACACAGAUAAAGGUGUGUGCCUACCAACUGUGAUGCUAUGGUUACUAUUUCUAUAUAUAGAAGCAGCAGUUCGAUUAAGAGAUUUACGACAUAUGCCUUUUCAUUUGGAUCUCUGUCGGCCGUUUGCAGCGCAUUGCAUCGGUUAUCCUGUAGUUACAUUAGGUUUUGGUUUUAAAAGCUACAUUGGCUACAGAAUGAGACAGAGAAAACAGAAAGAUGUAGCAAAAGAAAACGAAUUCUAUCUACAAUUGUUGCAGCAAGCACUGCCUUUAGAGCAACAAACCUCUACUACGAUGCAACCGAUUCAGCAAGUUCAAUCGCAAACACAUAUUACUACAUCGUUAGAACAACACGUUAAAACACAGUCUAAUAAAUUAAAUUCGCAGUGCAAUCCAAGCCCUGAAAAAAGUAGAGGUAGAAACAACAAUAAUUCUGUGGAAACAGGUGUACAAAAUGGUAAUUUACAUAUAGGUUCACAAAUUACACCGCAGAACCAAAAUGUUACGACAAAAAAUAAUCACAGAAAGUCGUUAGAUAAAGGUGAAAAACAAGAGGAACAACAUAAUAAGCAUAAUGUAACAAAUGUGUCUCAAUCAGAGAAAAAUGAUAGAAGGUUUAUACAUACAAAUGGAAAUACAAUUGCUCAGAGUGAUAUACAGUUCAUUGAAAGAAUCGGAUCAGUAAAUGAUUUUGAUGCGAACGAAGUAGAAAAAGACAAAUUCAUUAAGAGUGGAAGUUGCGGACACGCUACAAUGAAAUCACAGACCAAUGGUUCGGUAGCUGGAAAGUGGAACAAUAUAAAGGAGAAUCGGGAACCGUCGUCCACUGUUAAUACGCAACGAGAACGUAAAACUCGACAGAUGAAAUCUACGGUCGAUAACAUAACUGAACAACAAAAACAGCAAGAUGAUUAUUGUCAAAGGUUACUGAUGUGUCGCAGGCUCGAGGCAGACAUAAAACGUUUGAAAUCGGAUCUACAAUCCAGUCGACAAUUAGAACAGGAACUUCGUUCUCAGAUAAAUACUUUACAAAAUGGGGAACGUCAAGCUAAGGGUGAUAUACAGCAGCUUCAACAUGAUAACGAUCAGUUACAAAGCAAGUUACACGGAUUGGUAACAGCUCGUCAAUUAGAUAAACAAACAAUGUCCUCGUUGGAGAAACGUAUCGCAGAAGAACGGAAACAACGUACCGCUUGCGAAGCGUCUUUAGUUUCCGAAAGACGGGCGCGAAGGGCAGCGGAAGAAGCACGUUCUGCGAUUCCACCACCUCCACCGCCACUAAUUAGACAAGAAUGUACAGAUACGUGUAAAACUCGGAGAUCACAAAUGGAACAAGAUCUCAAGAAUCUGCGACGAGAGCUUAAAACGAAAGAUGAAAGGUGUAUCGUGCUAGAAAAAGAUGUAACUCGUUGUAAAGAAAAUCAUAAAGAAUCGGAAAUUUUACUUGGCGCACUUAACGUGCUACAAGAUAAAACUGCUCAUUUAGAAGACAGUUUAAGUGCAGAAACGCGAAUAAAACUCGAUUUAUUCUCUGCACUUGGCGAAGCUAAGCGACAAUUAGAAAUAAGAGAAAGUUUAAUUAGAUCUCAAGAGAAGGAAAUUGAAAUGCUAAAAACAAAAAUAGCCCAAGAUUUAGCUGUGAUGCCACAAGAUACAUUUGGACCUGCGCCAACCUGUGCGACAUCUAAACUUCGGUUAAGUAACGAAGUACGAGUUACAGGUACAAAAAUACGUUCAAACGAAAGUCCCUGUCCAGGGUGUACAGUGUCGAACUUGGAUCCAAAUGCGACAGCAUAUACACCUAAGAAUUCCUUAAUAGCAUCUACCGAAGCUUGAACAACUACAAUUGUGGCCACAUUAAGGCUUUACAAAAAUUCGGUAUAUAUUACAUGAACAUGUUUCAGUCUGUUUCUCAAUGGAAGUUGAAAUACCACUUUUAAUAUUACAUAUUACUUUGUUACAACACAAAUUUUGCGAUUAUAAAAUGCUUAGAACUUAUAAUUUGGUUCUCUCAAAAUUUAAUUUUAAUACUUGUGUAUAUUUCUGUUUUCUUUUGCUGCAAAAAUAAGUUUAACAAGAAAGAUCGUUUGUAAGGUCUUCCAUGAGAGGCUUCUAGAAACAUGUUUUACAUUGUACUUGUCACGUGAAGUAAUACAACGUUAUUAACUACGUAUAACCCUGGGACGUGAUUAACAUUGAGUUUAAGAGUAUUUCAUAGUUAGUUACGUUCCAUUAAACAUGCUGUAGGUUGAUCUAACAGAUAUCUUCUUUAACGUGUUGGCGUUUUUUGUUAAAAAAUAUUAGGACAACAAACUGAAGUGAACAAUGACGUGCAUAAUAUACUUGUUAUCAAUAAUUAAGUUUUAAAUUAAAUUUAAUACUUCUAUAUAGAUUGUAAUGUGAUAAAUAACAUUCGGUAUCACUAAAUGUGAUUUAUAAAGAAAAAAAGAAAUGUGUAAUUAACUGAAACUAUACAUAUAUUUUACUAAUUUUUUAUAAUGUUCGAUGUACAUGAAUUUUCACAACACAAUCUUUACACAUACAACAAGUGAAAUAAUGUACAUUGGAACAAUAAGUGAGUAGCAGCAUAUCUAUUAUUAAUUAGAAAGGUUAAAAAUCAAAGAUUUUAAUCUGUACGCGAUCCUCCUACAGCAUACGCCUAAAUCUAUUGACGACUUGCUAUGGAGAAAAAGAAAUCUUAUUCAAGUCGUAAUCCGAAGCUAGUCCAGCAUACAAACUGUAUUUAAUGUCUUUGGCAAAUGAAGCCAAUUUAAGUCAUGUGAUCAUCCAAAACCAGCCAUUAAUAUACAUUGAAAAACCUGCCGUUCAUCAUUCGAAAUGAUUGAUGUGAAUGUCAAGACGCCAAAUUCAUUUUAAAUGUUCAUUAUUGCAUCAAUACUCUCUCUUUCUCUCUCUCACACACAUACACACACACACACACACACACACUCUCUCUCUCUUUCAUUUCUCUACGUUUUUUAUAUUUUUAAAUGUCUUUAAUGUUUUUUAGUUUCGUAAUUCAAUUGUGUAUUGGCUUUCGAACGGUAUGAAAUAAGUGUUAAUAUUUCGUAAUAGUUUUUCAAACAUGUACAGUGUUUAAUAUGAUGAUAGAUAGAAAAUUGUAGAAAUUUUAAGUUAGAUGUAUUAAUUGGUAAAAAAAGAAAAA